CCUCCAUCCCCUGCAGAUGUCAUGGCACCCCCAGUACCGAAGCUCCAAGUUCCGACACGUCUACGGCAAGCCCGCCAGCAAGGAGAAUUGCUACGACUCUGUGCCCAUCACACGCAGCGUCCACGACAACCACUUCUGUGCCGUGAACCCCCACUUCAUCGCUGUGGUCACUGAAUGUGCCGGCGGGGGCGCCUUCCUUGUCAUCCCCUUGCACCAGACAGGAAAGUUGGACCCUCACUACCCCAAGGUCUGUGGGCACAGAGGGAACGUCUUGGACAUCAAGUGGAAUCCUUUUGAUGACUUUGAGAUUGCCUCCUGUUCAGAAGAUGCCACGAUUAAGAUCUGGAACAUCCCCAAGCAGCUGCUGACCAGGAACCUCACAACCUACAGGAAGGAGCUGAUGGGUCACGCACGCAGGGUGGGGCUGGUGGAGUGGCACCCCACAACUGCCAACAUUCUCUUCAGUGCUGGCUAUGAUUACAAGGUGAUGGUGUGGAACCUGGACACAAAGGACUCUGUAAUUUCUGGGCCGGUGAGGACAAUCAACUGUCACCAAGAUGUGAUCCUCUCCAUGUCCUUCAACACCAACGGCAGCCUGCUGGCCACCACCUGUAAGGACCGCAAGAUUCGCAUUGUUGACCCCCGACUAGGGAUUGUCCUCCAGGAAGCCAGCUACAAGGGGCAUCGGGCCAACAAAGUACUGUUCCUGGGGAACCUCAAGAAGCUGCUAUCCACGGGUACGUCCCGCUGGAACAACCGGCAGAUGGCCCUGUGGGACCAGGACAACCUUUCUGUGCCCCUCACAGAGGAGGAUCUGGAUGGCUCCUCUGGUGUGCUAUUUCCCUUCUUCGACUCGGACACCAGCAUGCUGUACAUUGUGGGGAAGGGAGACGGGAACAUCCGCUACUAUGAGGUGAGCACUGAGAAGCCUCACCUGACCUACCUGACUGAGUACCGCUCCUACAACCCACAGAAGGGGAUCGGUAUCAUGCCAAAGAGAGGUCUCGAUGUGUCUUCCUGCGAGAUCUUCCGCUUCUACAAACUGAUCACAACCAAAAGCCUCAUCGAGCCGGUGUCCAUGAUUGUACCCCGGAGGUCAGAAUCCUACCAAGAGGACAUCUACCCACCCACCGCAUCCGCCCAGCCCUCCCUGACGGCCCACGAGUGGCUCAGCGGAAUGAACAGAGGGCCUAUCAUGAUGUCCCUUAGACCCGGCUCCGAGCUGCUGGAUCCUCAGGCACUGCCUCCGGAGAGACUCCUCUCCAAUUCUGUGGUCCAAGUUUCACCUCAGCCCUUAGAACCCGUGAAACAGCCGGCCGAAGAUGGUGACCAGGCACCCUUCUCUCUACUGGAAGAGAAGGUAACGAAGUGGACCACGGAGCAUCAGCUGGAGGAGAAGUCCUGGCUCACCAACGGCUUUGACAUUUUCGAAUGCCCGCCACCAAAGACAGAAAAUGAGCUGCUGCAGAUGUUUUACCGGCAACAGGAGGAGAUCCGGAGGCUCCGGGAGCUGUUAAUCCAGAGAGAGGUCCAGACCAAACAGCUGGAACUGGAGAUCAAAAACCUGCGGAUGGUCUUAGGACAGUUCUGAGCAGAGGUCUCCUCCAUCCUUGCCCUCAGGGACACCGCUAGGCUCUGUGGAGAGGUCCAGAACCAAACCGCAGGUCCCCGAGAACAACCACUAUUUCUAUAUUUUAUACCAGGAAAACAAAACUCUGUUUCUGAAAGAGACCCCACUGGGACGUGGUGCCGCUUUCCUGUCGCCUUCUCGAAGCUGCAGUUCCUGCCCUGGCUGGUUUAGAUUACACCCUACCUUCUGCUGAAUUCUGAUUUUAAGGGCUGGUGAGGAGCUAUGACCUCCCAGAGGGGAAAAACUUGAAAGAGCUGGAAGGAUUUGGGUAGGUCAACCUGCCUGUGGUUUGCAACUCCGGCCAUAGACAAGAGGCAGUUUUGGUCAGUGGGUUCAUUCCAGAAGAUACCCCCGGCUCCAUCAGCCGGCUUUGGAAUAGCUACUUUGACAGCUAAAUUAUUUU